AUGUGCGACGGGGAGCCAAAUGAAUACGAACGUGAAGAUUUCGAGAAUCUGGGCUGUUAUGCACUCAAUGGUUUGGGAGACCCCGCGAAAGAUAGUCAAAGGGGACGCGACAGAGCACAGGCCUUCCCAAACCGCUGUAAUUCUCCAAGCGGAGACGACGUCAAGGCAGGGGACAUGUCGUUUCAUCCGACAUGCUUCGAGAUUUUCAAGCGAGCGUCGAUAUAUCGAUACGGCUUUGUGCAUAUCGAGGCACUUAUGAGUUGGGGCCAUGUAAGAGGGGAGCCACAGUUUCAGCUGCCAGAACAUUCUGCUGUGAAGAGGGCGAGGCAAAGACUCUGGUUACAUCAUGCCGGCGACGAGUUUCUAGCCGCGAACCCGUGCUUCGUCCCCGGAUUGCAGGAUAUUUUUGAUUCAGUGCAGAAUACCUGCAGUUCUGAUGACAUUUCCUCCGAUGUAGCUUCCCCGAACUCUACAGACAUAUUCUCCAAGCUUCCGCAAGAAAUCAAGUUGGACAUUCUACUGCAGCUUGAUUCCUGGGAUAUCGCCAACCUGCGCCUAUCGUCACGAACAUUCCGCCAUCUCCCGCAAUCGCUCUUCUACCACUUGACCCAGCGCGAACUCCCCUGGCUGUACGAAGCAUGGACAUCCGCCCCGCUGUCAUUCUUCGUCAUGACAACGGCAGCAGAGCAGCGAAGACUCGGCAAGCCCUUGGACAAAGUUCGUUUUCAAUUGGCCGGACGACGUAAAUGGGGCGGUGGAUCUGAAGAAGAGGCAGCAGACAUCGCGAGGUUGGCCGCUGAAGAAGUCGAGCUUGCAGAGAGGCAGAGGCAGAGUUACAGGUUUACGCCGGUGAAGAUGCUGGACCGCGGGAGGACGAAUUGGACAAGAUUGCGGGGGGAGUUGAGCCGACGGUGGGGAGAACUGCCGGGAUUGAGGAACAGGAGGAGGAUUUGGAAUAAUUGCCAGGAAAUCAUGGAAAUUACAGACAAGUAUAGGCUUCUGUACUGA